AUAAUUAAAGUUUUCGCAAAGGUCGGCAUAAUAAUUCUUCAGUUUGUCAUAAAUAUAAAUUUCCAAAUAUUUAGCAUAGUUCCAAAUCUGUUUGUUCCGCUCCUGUAGAGGAACAGGGUGGUAAUAACGAAAGAACGAAUUCCAUGAUACCAAAAUGUGUCAGUAAAAAGUCUGUAAAAUUUCCUGGGGAAUGUAAUCUUGUUACGUGUGUGAUAGAUCCAGUUGAUCCUUGGUUAAACAGACAGUGCUUAUCACCUGCUGAGUUAAUCAGUGUUUAUAAAUUUCAAUGUAAUCUCUCUUCGAUCCAACCUUUGUAUAGUGUCAUUUCACAGUUACAAUCUAUAGAUUUGAGACAGUCUCUAGAACGGAAACACGUUUUUAAUCUUAAAGGUUGUCAACUUAAUGGUGGACAUAUUGAUAUGCUGGAAUAUGUUUUCAAAUACGUCCAAUUUCAAUACGUAAAUUUGGAAAACACCAAUCUUGAUGACGAGUCUGUUGAAUCAUUAUAUGAAAUUUUGAGUUAUUAUGAAACAUGUACAGGAUUGUGUUUGGCUCGAAACCCUAAUGUUACGUCUACCGGCUGGAUCCCCGUCGCUUUUCUAUUUCGAGAAGUGCCGUAUAUGGAAUGGCUUGAUUUAAGAGAAAACAACUUGGGUUUAACUUUUGUACAAAUAUUAUCAUCAUCUCUUCGUAUACCACGAAAAGACUUUAAACCAAAAGAGUUUAAAAAAGAAAGUUUUGAUAAAAAUUGUAAUCGUCUCUCUGAGAAAUUAUCUGAUAAGGAUACUUUCAGAACUUCUAAGAAUGUAUCGAUUACAGAAUCAAAUUUAAGCUCAUCAAAAACACUGCCUUUUCAUUCACGUGGGUUACAUUUUGGUAGUACAGGUAUUAAUGGGCAAUUAUUACAUAUACUAAUUCCGGGAAUUCGCUUGGGUUGUAUUACUGAUCUUCGAUUACCCGAUAAUGGAAUUACUGGAUCUGAUGCUAAAUUUUUAGUGCCACUGUUACGUUAUAGUUCUCAUCUGAAAUAUCUAGAUCUGAGUAGAAAUCUACUCGGGGACUUGGGUUGUUCAACUAUAUCACAGGCACUAGCUUCACCUUGUUUUUCAUCCGAAAUACUCAAUUCAGAUGAAAAUCAACGCGGUUUAAUCCGACUGUUUUUAUCAGAAAAUAUGAUAACCCGAUCAAGUAUGAAUAAAUUGGCAACUGGAUUAAUACGCUGCACACGUUUAACAACGUUACAAUUAUCUGGCAAUUUAAAUAUUGGCUCUUCCGGUUUAUUUGAUUUAAAGUCAAGUCUUAUCAGUUGUCCAUGUUUAAAGCGUUUGGGUAUUGCAUUUUGUGGUAUUGAUCAUGAUGGUGCAGCAUGCAUUACAGAGAUAUUAUUAAAAACAACAUCUCGUUUCAAAAUAAUAGAUCUGACAGGAAAUCCUAUUGGCAUAGAAAAUUGUUUAGCAUUAUUAAACUCUUCAGCUUAUUUAGAUGAAAAAGUUAGAAUCAUAGGUUUAGAGUUUCAACCAUCAUCGUUAAUGCAAUAUGCAAGACAGUUAUCGGAAAAAGAAAAUAAUAGUCUUUUGCAUCAGAGUAAUAAUAAUUCACAGGUUCAAAGUGAUGGACUGACUCCAGAUCGAGAUUAUCAACGGCUUAAACAUAAGAAUCGGAGACAUUCUCAGAUUAGUUCAUCGAAACAUUCAAUUUAUGGAAAAACUAAAUUCACUUCCUUACCUACAAUUGACUACAAUCAUAAACCAUAUUCAGAACUUAAUCCAAAAUAUUUGUGGGGUGACAGUUCAGAUGAUGAAGAUAGAGUGAAUGAUACUGAUGAUAACAAUGUAUCUGUAAUUACAAAAACAAAUAGAAAUUACCUUUCAGAACAAAACUACAAACAAAUUAGCAAAAACGAAUGGACAAAACAUCAUUCUAUUAGUUGAACUGUAUACAUAUUUUCAUGAGAUUCAAAUAUUUCAUAGAAAAAUUCCUCCCGCUGUUUUCAGUCUUAACUUGAUUGUUAGAUUUAUACAAAUGUAUCAAAUAACCUUGAAUUAUGUAAAUUACACAGCUUUUACUGUGUACUUACAUCACUCAUGUAAAGUCGUCAGAUUUCUGUCAACAAUCUUUUCUAAUGAAUAUAUGUAUUUUUCCAC